AUGAGUCUGGGUAUCAUGGAAGAGGAAGAUCUGGCCGAGUACUUCCGGCUGCAGUAUGGGGAGCGGCUGCUGCAGAUGCUCCAGUUUCUAGGACUCUGGCUACAAGCUAAAGAAAUGCAGUGUCAUUUCUCCACGUUGCAGAUUCUCCUCAGGAACCGAGAAGUCAAUGCAGCGGAGUUGGAUUUCCUUCUUCGAUCUCCAGUGCAGACAGGCACUGCCAGCCCCGUGGAGUUCCUCUCACAUCAGGCGUGGGGAGCUGUCAAGGUACUUUCAUCAAUGGAAGAAUUCUGUAAUCUGGAUCGGGACAUAGAGGGAUCUGCUAAGAGCUGGAAAAAGUUUGUGGAGUCCGAAUGUCCUGAGAAAGAGAAGCUCCCACAGGAGUGGAAGAACAAGACAGCCCUGCAGCGCCUCUGCGUGAUGAGAGCCAUGCGGCCCGACCGGAUGACCUACGCCAUGCGAGAUUUUGUUGAAGAGAAGUUAGGAAGCAAAUACGUGGUGGGAAGAGCGCUAGAUUUUGCAACCUCAUUUGAAGAAUCGGGACCAGCCAUGCCCAUGUUUUUUAUCCUGUCUCCAGGGGUGGACCCACUGAAGGAUGUAGAAAGUCAAGGAAGAAAACUUGGAUACACCUUCAACAAUCAGAACUUUCACAACGUGUCUUUGGGGCAAGGACAGGAAGUGGUGGCUGAGGCAGCGCUGGACCUCGCUGCCAAGAAAGGUCACUGGGUUAUUUUGCAGAACAUUCACCUGGUGGCCAAGUGGCUCAGCACCCUGGAGAAGAAGCUGGAGGAGCACAGUGAGAACAGCCACCCAGAGUUCAGGGUCUUCAUGAGUGCAGAGCCAGCACCCUCCCCUGAGAGCCACAUCAUCCCCCAGGGCAUCCUGGAGAACUCCAUUAAGAUCACCAAUGAGCCCCCCACGGGCAUGCAUGCCAACCUACACAAGGCCCUGGACAACUUCACUCAGGACACUCUGGAGAUGUGUUCCCGGGAGACGGAGUUUAAGAGCAUCCUCUUUGCUCUUUGUUACUUUCACGCGGUGGUGGCAGAAAGACGGAAAUUUGGGCCCCAGGGAUGGAAUCGCUCGUACCCCUUUAACACUGGAGACCUCACUAUCUCUAUGAACGUCCUCUACAACUUCCUGGAGGCCAACGCAAAGGUCCCCUAUGAUGAUUUACGCUACCUGUUUGGAGAGAUCAUGUAUGGAGGCCAUAUCACAGACGACUGGGACAGAAGGCUCUGCAGAACCUACCUGGAGGAAUUCAUCCGACCAGAAAUGUUAGAAGGAGAACUGUCUUUGGCCCCAGGGUUCCCACUCCCAGGCAACAUGGACUACAAUGGUUAUCAUCAGUACAUCGAUGCUGAGCUGCCCCCAGAAUCCCCCUACCUCUAUGGCCUCCACCCAAAUGCAGAGAUUGGCUUCCUGACCCAAACCUCAGAAAAGCUCUUCCGCACUGUGCUGGAGCUGCAGCCUCGGGACAGCCAGGCCGGAGAUGGAGCGGGGGCCACAAGAGAAGAAAAGGAAGAAGCUCCCAUUGUAGACUAUGGAGUGCGGAAUGAUAGGAGCCAGGCUGAGAGGCAACUGGAGUAUGACGUCACCCUCAGGGGGUACCUGAAGUCUUUCCUCUCCUCACCACCCCCAGCGGGGCCUCCGCUACUGACUCUCCUCCUUUCUCCCCUCGCCAAUGCCCCCGCUCUUUCCUGCACCCCUCCAGCCCAGCUCAAACUUUGGAACAAAUACCGAAUUUCCAACAUUCCAUCGCUAAUAUUCCUCGACGCCACCACCGGGAAGGUUGUGUGCAGGAACGGGCUGCUGGUGAUCCGAGAUGACCCAGAAGGUCUGGAGUUCCCCUGGGGGCCUAAACCCUUCCGGGAAGUCAUCGCAGGGCCCUUGCUUCGAAAUAACGGGCAGUCCCUGGAGAGCAGCAGCCUGGAGGGAUCUCACGUGGGCGUCUACUUCUCCGCACACUGGUGUCCGCCCUGCCGAAGCCUCACCCGGGUCCUGGUGGAGUCCUACCGGAAGAUCAAGGAGGCCGGCCAGAGCUUCGAGAUCAUCUUUGUUAGUGCAGACAGGUCAGUCGUGCCGUGA